AUGACCGAGAAUCACGGUGGUUCUUGUGAGCCUUGCAAGAGGAAGAAAUGUAAAGUGAGAAUUCUUUUCAUCAACAAAUGGACAUGGCCUAAGCUAAUAUUUCUUCAGUGUGAUCGUCAAUUGCCGUCCUGUGGACAAUGCGAAAUAUCUAAGCUACCAUGCACAUACGGCGAGAGCACUAAACGAGGCAUACCAACCGGAUAUCUUGGCCUACUGGAGCAACGAUUAGGCGAGACUGAAGUCUUGCUCUAUCGCGCUCUAUCCGAGCUUCGAGCUCUCAAACUCCAGCAGAACAGUUAUCCUGGUGUAACUAGCACGUUGGACAUCCCUGAUCCUAUCACAAGGGAAGCCAAUGCCCCGAAGCCAGUCAGGAUGGAGGAAUGGAAGGAGUAUCCAUUGAAGUAUGAAGAAGAAGUUGAGAGAUGGAGACAGUAUAUGAGCGGAGGAAGAGAAACUUCCAUUGGCUAUGACGAAGGAUUUUCGGGCGAGCAAUCUCAAGUAAACAACUCAUAUUACAGCAACCCAACAAACCAAUUCUCCAAUCCAGACCCAUCACAAACAUACCAUGAUACGGAUAUGGAUUUCAAUGUUGCGGCAGGUCUGGUAGGGCUCUCCCAAAGCCAUGGUCAGAUCCAGUUACAAACUCAAAACACAAACAACGCCCAUAUCCCACCACCAUCCCAACACACCAACGUCCUGAACCCCAGAUUCUCCAACCCAAUGCCUCCUCUCCCAGACUCUGCGAAUAAUCCUUCGCUCCAAUCAAAUUAUACAGCCGAAUUUAAUUCUUCAAAGGAUUUGCACAUUAAUCGAGGAAUAUCUAAUCAGAACCUUGAUCUCGACCAGAACCCACAAACGAAUGCCAUACUUGAAGGGUCAAGCUCUAACACUGCAGUUGGAUGGGAAACUCCACCUUCUGAUCCUACUUCUGGUGCAACAGGUCAAAAUGCAGGAACCCAAAGGCCAGUUGAGUUGCUGAGGUCGCAGCAGUUGUCUGCGGCGUUCAAGAACAUAUAUUAUUGA